UUUUCUCAUUAUAUUCCAUUCAAGAUCAAAAGAUUCCUUUUCUCUUCUCUUUCUUGUUCUUUCUCUAUAAAAAAAAAAUGGCCAAUGAAGAAGGAAACAGUAACAAUCCUUCAACAAACAACCUCAGAAUCAUCGUAGAAAGGAACCCUUCUCAAGCCAAGCUUUCUCUGCUCAACAUCCAGAGCUGGCCAAAGUGGGGAUGCUCGGCGGGGAAAUACCAGCUGAAGUUCGAGGCAGAAGAGACGUGCUACUUGGUGAAGGGAAAAGUGAAGGCUUAUGCCAAAGGAUCGGCUGAGACUGAAUAUACAGAAUUCGGGGCUGGUGAUUUGGUCACCAUUCCUAAAGGCCUUAGCUGCACUUGGGAUGUUUCUGUUGCUGUUGAUAAGUUCUACAAGUUUGAAUCUCCAUCUUCAUCUUAAUUUGCUAUUACCUCCUCGUCGUGUAAAUAUAUUCUUUUUAUUUGUGCCCUUAUUUCGUCGUGUGGUCGUCCUCUUCUCUCGAUAAUGGAGGAGAAACGAGUUAGACAAUUAACCAGUAAAAGUAUUACUCAAUUGA